CGCGGUUAGAAUGUUGCACUUUUGUUUGUUCAGUAUAAUAAAAACACAAAUAUGAGUCAAAGGCUAAAUCAAUUAUCUAUCAUCGUGAUUCUCUUGGUUGUCACAUCCACAGAAUCAUCCAAAACCACCAACUCUAGUAAUAUCGGCCGAUAUCCAGGGUCACCUGCCAAACAAAUCAUGCUUACGUUUCGUGAAACCUGCCUCGAAUAUAGUGGAUCUGACGAAGGUUUUCAACAGUUUGUGCUGUCCAUGCGACCGACCCAUCGGUGCUUGAAGAAAUACGUCGAUCUUGCCCGGUUUGAGGAGGAUGUUUCCAAGAUGACUGAGGAGAAUCGCCGAGAAAUUUUUGAAAAUAACUGCCCUAAAUUCAAUGAAUCUCAAGUAUGCUUCGAAGGCAUGAUUGCAGCCGUCGCAGCCUGUAUUGAUCAAAACACCACCGAAACCAAGGCGUUAUUGGCGCAAAUGGUAGGCAAUGCCAUUGAGCUGAUGUGCAAGGAUAAUGGUGAAAUUUUCUUUGAGUCCCGUAAACCGGAAUUUCGCAGCUGUCUUAAGAAUAUCAAGCAAUACGUCAAAGAGUGCAAAUCGUCGAACAUUGCCGAAAGCACACCAUUGACCGAGUACGGCUUGUAUGAGUGCAUUGAGCUGAACAAUUCGAGAAGUUGCAUGAAAGAUAAGGUAACUGACUGUAAUGCUGAAGCAUUGAUGGAUGUAGUGGACAUUUACUAUAAUCCUAUUUUGAAAGCAAACCAUUGCGAGGAUAUUAUUACAUUUUAACAAAAAAUGAACGAUAACACACUUUAUAAAUUUCUACCGGUUCUACUGUGUUGUCUUUCCCUUCCGUUGUCCAUGUUUAUGUGGAUUGGAAAUUUAGCCUAUUCUAAACUAGCCAGCGAUAACGAAGAAAGCGUAAUCCCUCCAACGCGAUGGCUUUUUUCGAUUCUUAUACCGAUAAUUCUGAUGAUGUACGGCUUAAAGCGGAAAGGCGUUAAUAAAUCCGGUGCUGCUUUGGGCCUGUUUUGUGCCAUCAUUCUAUCUAUUUCAUCGCACGCCUUUCUCGCUUCCUUGGCGACUUUUUUCUUCACAUCCAGUCGUGCCACCAGAUUUCGUGCAAAUCAAAAACGAAAAUUUGAAGCUGACUUUAAGGAUGGUGAAGGUAGACGAAAUUGGGCGCAAGUCAUCUGUAAUGCCGGAAUGCCCACUCAGCUGGCUUUAUUGUAUCUUUUGGACUGUGGGUAUGGAGAACGUCCAAUCGAUUUUACGAACCUUUACCGUUCUAGCUGGCUCGGAGUAGGGAUUAUGGGUGCGUUUGCGUGCUGCAAUGGAGAUACUUGGGCUAGCGAGCUUGGAACAGUUAUCGGACGAGGAGAUCCAUUUCUGAUCACCACCUGGAAACGUGUGCCGCGUGGCACAAAUGGAGCCAUUUCGUUUGUUGGUUUAUUAGUCAGUUUUCUAGGCGGUGCAGUUAUAGGUCUUUCCUAUUACCUCACCAUUCGUUACACCAUUGACGUCAAAAUCCUGGCGCAUAGUCCAAACCAAUGGCCUGUUAUUAUCUUUGGCGGAAUUGCUGGUUUAUUGGGAUCCAUUGUCGAUUCCUUACUAGGUGCAACAUUACAAUAUUCGGGGCUCGAUACAAGUGGAAAAAUUGUAGAACGACCUGGAAAAAACGUGCAGCACAUUUCUGGAACACGGAUUCUUGACAACCAUAGUGUCAAUUUAAUAAGCAGCAUUAUAACUGGUCUUCUGAUGCCAAGCAUAGCAAUGCAAUUUUGGAAGGUGUUUUAGUAGAAAUAGAUUUAUACUCGGGGCAUUAUUUGGAUACUAACUAGCAGUGACGAAAUCUCUUUUUUUAAAUUUCUUAAACAACUUAAUUUUAGAAAGUUAGGGCCAUGACUUCUUCAGUUUGUUCUAUGGAAAAGGUAGAGCUCUAGAUUGCGACUUAUAAUGAUCAAGGAUAUUCUCUCAAUAAAAAUGCAAUAAAUAUUAUUAUGAAUUUUACUGAAAUAUUAACCGCUACUUAACACACAACAUUUGUUAUGUCAAUAUAAAGAUUAGAAACAGUUUCACGCCGUACUUGUAUCUAUAGUAAGGUAGUCAGUUUCAAUAUAUAUAUUUGAUCAUUCUAUUGAGAAAUAAGUGGUCAUUUACUUACAAUUUAAGCAUUUAAAUUAGCAA